AUGCGCACCGCUUCGCGGGGGACAUGGCCGGAUAGGCAAACUGUCAGCAUCCCGUCCUCCAGCAUGCGGCCGCCGACUUUCCUCUCAAUUCUUGACUUGGAGACCAUCGGCAAGGUGAUCGAGAACGUGUCCACGAGGGUAUUGCCCAACAUGGAGAGGACGCUGCAGGUCUCCCCGAACAUCACCACCUUCGUGGGGUCGUUCCUGAACAUGGCGCGCCUUGAAGUGGGCGGCCUGCAGGAGGCUGCCCACAGCAUGGUCACUAGGGCCAGCCCCAUCAUCGCCGAGCGGGUGCAAUGUACCUUCAGCAGCGCGCGCCAGCGCAUCGGCCUCAACCUCCUCAGCGCGGUCGUGGUGUUCGCCACCCCGUGGCUCUUGCAUUGA